CUUGUGAACGCACUCGUGCCAAACCUCAGAGCUCUACAAGUACAUUUUAGUGAUGUAUUUCAAAUGGUUAAUAUUAUUUAUCGUUAGUUGGUGCACUAUCGUGAUCGUAUCGGCGCAAAACUCAGAUCCGACCCCAUCAUGUUUGACGUCACAAGCCAAAAGCGGAAGCUGUGUGGAUAUCGAUCUAUGCCCGAAAUUACGAAAAUUGGCGUACAGUGCAAUAAUUUCGCAAUCAAAUAAAAGAUUAUUGAGGGAUAGUAUAUGUGGAGUUCGUAAGGUUUGUUGUGAAGAACCUUCCGAAGAAAAUUCAGAUCAAGUUUCUGCUAUAACCAACAUCAGUGUCAGUAGCUUGGUUACUUCUACGUCUACUACUAAAGCACCGGGACCUAGAGCGAAUUCAAAAAUGACUUUACCCGAUAAGAGUAUCUGCGGCAUCGACAACUUGGGACAGAGAAUUUACGGUGGAGCUGCUACAGAACUAGAUCAGUUCCGAUGGACGGUUGCUUUGGAAUACAAUCAAGCUGGAACUCGGGAAAUAAAAUGCGGCGGGUCACUGAUUAAUACUCGUUAUGUGCUUACCGCUGCCCACUGUGUGACAACGGUGACUCCAGAACAAUUAGUUCUUCGAUUGGGUGAAUGGGAUUUGAACAACGACCCGGAUUGUGAUGAGUAUAAAAAUUGUAACGAUCCGGUAAGGUUUGAAAGUGUUGAAGAAAUCAUUGUUCAUCCCAAAUUUGGUCGGAAACAUAAUGAUAUUGCUCUGUUGAGGCUUAAAACACCUUUACCAGAGGCGUACACGAACUACAUUCUGCCAAUAUGCCUGCCUACUUCAGAAUCGUUACAGAGUAAUCGUUUUUCUAAUCAUAAUGUUAGCGUCGUUGGUUGGGGCUCAACGGAAGCAGAAAAACGAAGUCCUUUGAAAAUGGUUGCCAAUUUACUAACGACUACUGUUGAUCAUUGUCGCGAUGAGUUAGGACCGCUGCUGAGAAAUGUGAAUCUAGUAGAAACACACAUUUGUGCCAAAUCAGCAACGACUGUCAUUCGGGACGCUUGCGGUGGUGAUUCCGGCGGUCCAUUAAUGGCCUUCAUAGACGAGAAUUGGUAUUUGGUAGGUAUAGUCAGUUUUGGGCCGCCUUGCGGAAGGACAGUGCUACCGGGAGUUUACACAAGAGUGACAAGCUAUAUGAACUGGAUUAGAGAUAACCUUUUGGAAUGAUAAUGCACUGGCAAUAUUAAGUUAUUGGAACAAAUAUCCAUUGUAAAUUAAAAACCUUCUUAA